ACCCGGAGGGAUCUCUAUGGGGCUGGGGGGAUCCAGGGGGAUCUCUAUGGGGCCCGGGGGACCCGGGGGGUUCUCUAUGGGGCUGGGGGGAUCCAGGGGGGUCUCUAUGGGGCCGGGGGGGUCUCCAGGUGGGGAGGGGUCCCCGGGGGGGUCCCUGGCGGUGCGGAUGAGGGAGGGGCGGGCGCUGAGGGCACUGGGGGGGUGGGAGCUGGUGCGGGCCCUGCUGGUGCUGCGGCUUUGUGCCCACCCCUGGCUGGUGGACAACGCGGAGAUGCUGCUCCGGGGGUCCCGGCGGGUGCUGCCCCUCCCCCUCUGGAGGGGUCUCCUGUCCCUGUCCCUGUUCGGCCAGUUCGCGGUGGGGCGGGGCCAGAGCGCCGUGAGGGGCGUGGCCGA